AUGAACGCGAGCUCCUCCUCGCUCAACGAAUCCCAGGUGGUGGCCGUGGCGGUCGAGGGAGCGGCUGCGGCGGCCACCGCGGUAGGAGGGUCUGACACGGGAGAAUGGGGCCGCCCUGCAGCGGCGGCGGCGCUGGGAGGCGGCAGUGGGGCUAACUCAUCGCUGGAGUUGUCAUCGCAGCUGCCCGCGGGGCCUCAGGGGCUGCUGCUCUCUACCGUGAACCCGUGGGACGUGCUGCUGUGCGUGUCGGGGACGGUGAUAGCAGGCGAGAAUGCGCUGGUGGUGGCUCUCAUCGCGUCCACCCCGGCGCUGCGCACGCCCAUGUUUGUGCUGGUGGGCAGCCUGGCCACCGCCGACCUCCUGGCCGGCUGCGGCCUCAUCCUGCAUUUCGUGUUCCAGUACCUGGCGCCCUCAGAGACAGUGAGCUUGCUCACCGUGGGUUUCCUCGUAGCUUCCUUCUCCGCCUCGGUCAGCAGUCUGCUAGCCAUCACAGUGGACCGCUACCUGUCGCUCUACAACGCGCUCACCUACUACUCGCGCCGGACCCUGUUGGGCGUGCACCUCCUGCUCGCCGCCACCUGGACCGUGUCCCUAGGCCUUGGGCUGAUGCCCGUGCUGGGCUGGAACUGCCUGUCGGAGCGAACCACCUGCAGCGUGGUGCGCCCGCUGACACGCAGCCACGUGGCGCUGCUCUCGGCCGCUUUCUUCGCGGUCUUCGGCGUCAUGCUGCACUUGUACGUGCGCAUCUGCCAGGUUGUCUGGCGACACGCGCAUGAGAUCGCGCUGCAGCAGCACUGCCUGGCCCCGCCGCACCUCGCAGCCACUAGGAAAGGGGUGGGUACUCUGGCCGUGGUGCUGGGGACUUUCGGCGCUAGCUGGCUGCCAUUUGCCAUCUACUGCGUGGUUGGCAGCCACGAGGACCCGGCCGUCUACACCUACGCCACCCUGCUGCCUGCCACAUACAACUCCAUGAUCAAUCCCAUCAUUUAUGCCUUCCGCAACCAGGAGAUCCAGCGAGCCCUGUGGCUCCUGUUCUGCGGUUGUUUCCAGUCCAAAGUGCCCUUCCGCUCCAGGUCCCCCAGUGAGGUCUGA